UCCUGCACAGUUUACAGAAUGUAGGUUGUUUAUUUAUUUGGCUGCUGUACUUAUACUUCUAAUGAUUGUGCGCUGUGGACACUAGAUCAAUAGGGCCUGCAUUACCAGGACUGAAUACAAUAGGAUCAGACUGAAUUGAAUGCUGAGGGACUGCAGUUGGAGCAUAUGAGACAGCAAGCAUACUGCAUGGAGGAAGAAAUGCAGCAUUUCUGUGCUACAGAUGGCAUAACAGAGCAGUGCUGUGGGUAGCACAGAUGAGAAUGGAGCUGUUCUGCUAGUUGAUAAAGGCCUUUAUUUGUUGUGUCCUUUGUGUUUCCAAAUAUUCCUGGCAAAGUUCUGCAUUCUUGCAUGAGGCAGCCAGUGUGUACAAGGAACAGUAUAUCACACAAGAGUUUAAAAAAGCUCCACAAGAUUUUACACAAUGUGGAACAAAAAGCAGUCCAGCAGCUGAGGAAUGAACAAGUCGCAGUUCACAAAAAAGAUGAAAGAAAACGUUAAGCGCUUUAAAAAUUCUGUUAUGGCUGCCUGUGUGACAGAGUCUGAUGCUAACUUGAAGGCCAAGAAAGCUGUAAUAGAGCGCCUGGAAGAGAUGGAAGCAGAUACUGAAUACCUUAAAAAUAAUGCUGUGAGCACUCAUGAAUCAGUGUUGGAUGGCAAGUCAGGGACUAGAAACUGGGAAUCUACAAGUUUUCUAACAGCACCAGAAAUGUUUGAGGAUGUUGCUGUCACUUUCUCAGAAGAAGAGUGGAAGAUGUUAACAAAACAAGACAAGGAGCUUCACAGAAACGUGAUGAUGCAGAACUAUGAGACCUUGGUAUCAGUCGGAUAUAAAAUUCCCAUAGAGAAAUUAUUUUUGCUACUUAAAGAAGAUUAUGAUGAACUGCCAAAGGAUGAUGUGGAAGGUGAAAAUCCUAUGGAGCAGAAGGCUAAUGUUGAUGAUCAGCUCAGCAGACUCAGAAGCAGCACACAGCGCAGUAAGAGUUUCUGUCAUCAGCUUUCACAUCACCCUACAGGGAACCCGCAACAGUAUGAUGAAUCUUUGCUUGGUUACAAGUUACUUCAUCUUGCUCCGGUAUUACAGCACCAGUCAGGACAUAACCAUAGAAAGUGCUCUGAAAGUGACAGUGAAAUGACUCCCUUACAUCACCACACAAAGAAUGUACAUCGGUAUGGUCAGUGUGUGAUGGACAGUGACGGUCAUUCUCCUGUUAUACCACAGCAACACUCAGGACAUAACUGUAGCCAGAGGUCUGAAUGUAGCACAGAUUUUACUGUACAUCAAAGUGCAGUAACUCAUCAAAGAUCUCACGGAGGAGAGAAACCAUAUAAAUGCUCUGAAUGCAAUAAGCAGUUUAUGUGGCAUAGUUAUCUGAUACGCCAUCAGGCCAUUCAAGCGGGAAGUGCAAACACAACAGAAAAUCCUUAUAAAUGUGCUGAAUGUAGUGAGUGUUUUACAUAUAAAUGUGGGCUCAGAAUCCAUCAACAAGUUCAUGCAAGGGAUAAACCAUAUAAAUGCACUGAAUGCAGUAAGCAGUUUAUGUGGCACAGUUAUCUAGUACGCCAUCAAGCCACGCACACAGUGACCUCAAACCACAUGGAGAAAUUAAAAAGAGAGAAAGCAUAUAAAUGUCCUGAAUGCAGUAAACAGUUUAUGUGGCACAGUCAUCUGGUACGCCAUCAGGCUCUUCACAUAGUGAAGAUUCAAACAGGGGAAAAACCCAACAAGUGUCUUGAAUGCAGUAAGUCAUUUACAUAUAAACGUGAUCUCAGAAUUCAUCAACGAGUUCACACGAGGGAGAAACCAUAUAAAUGUGCUGAAUGUAGUAAGUGUUUUACACAAAAAAAUAGCUUAAGAAUCCAUCAACGAGUUCAUACAGGAGAAAAACCAUAUAAAUGUGCUGAAUGUAGUAAGUGUUUUAUUCAUAAACAGUCCCUUAAGAUCCAUCAGCGCAUUCACAGUGGUGAGAAACCCUAUAAAUGUGCUAAAUGCAGUAAGGGUUUUACAAGUAAACAGUGUCUCAGAAUCCAUCAACGAGUUCACUCAGGAGAGAAACCUUAUAAAUGUUCUGAAUGCAGUAAGUCUUUUUCACACAGAAGUAAUAUAAUAUGCCAUCAGGCUGUUCACACAGGAAAUAAACCAUAUAAAUGCAAUGAAUGCAGUAAGCAGUUUAUGUGGUACAGUCAUAUGAUGCGGCAUCAGAGCACUCACACAAUGAAGCCUCAUGUAUGGGAAAAAACAUAUACAUGUACUGAAUGCAGUAAGUGUUUUACAAGUAAACAAUACUUUAAAAAGCAUCAACGACUUCACACAGGCGAGAAACUGCAUAAAUGUGAUGAAUGUAGUAAGUGUUUUACAAACAAACAAACUCUUAAAAUCCACCAACGAGUGCACACAGGGGAGAAACCGUAUAAAUGCUCUGACUGCAAAAAGCAGUUUAUGUGGCACAUUCAUCUUAUACACCAUCAGGCCGUUCAUGCUGAGAAGACACUCCCAAAGGAAAAACCUUAUAAAUGUCCUGAAUGUAGUAAGUGUUUUACACUUAAACAAUCCUUCAAAACUCAUCAACGACUUCACACAGGCGAGAAACCAUAUAAAUGUCCAGUGUGUAAUAAAUGUUUUACACAUAUACAAUACCUCAGAAUUCAUCAACAAAUUCACAUGAAGGAAAAACCUUACAAAUGUCCAGAAUGUAGUAAAUGUUUUACACAUAAACAGUACCUCAGAAUCCAUCAACAAGUUCAUGUGGGGGAAAAACCUUACAAAUGCCCUGAAUGCAGUAAGCUUUUUGCACGUAAACAUUCCCUCAAAGCCCAUCAACAAGCUCACAUAGAGAAACCGUAUAAAUGUUCUGAAUGUAGUAAGUGUUUUACUCUUAAACAAUCCCUGAAAACCCAUCAAAGACUUCACAUAGGGGAAGAAAAGAAAGUCAUAUGGAACAAAGGAUCAGUUGUUGCUAAGGAACACAAACCAGUGCAGCAGCUGAAGAAUGGAGAAGCAGCAGUUUGUAAACGGAUGAAAGAAAGCAUUAAGCGCAUUAAAUAUUCUGUUAUGACUACCCAUGUGACAGUGUCUGAUGUCAAGACUGAGCUCAAGGAAAAAGUAAUAGAACCUCUGGGAGAGAUGGAAGCAGGAGCUGAGUACCUUACAAAUGAUGCUACGAGCACUCAUGAAUCAGUGUUGGAAGGCAAAUCAGAGCCUAGAAAGUGGGAAUCUAGUCCUUUUCUAACAGUACCAGAAAUAUUUGAGGAUGUUGCUGUCACUUUCUCAGAAGAGGAGUGGAAGAUGUUAACAAAACAAGACAAGGAGCUACACAAGGAAGUGAUGGUACAGAACUAUGAGACCUUGGUAUCAAUCGGAUACAGAAUUCCCAUAGAGAAAUUACUGUUGCUACUUAAAGCAGAUUAUAAAGAACUGCCAAGGAGUGAUGUGGUGGGGAAAAAUGAUAGAGAACAGAAAGAUAAUAUUGAAAAUAAGCUCACAGGUAUCAGAUACACCGAGUGCAGAGGGAUUUGCAGUCAGCAGUCAUCAGCUGGGGCAGCCACAUUACCACAGCCUAUAGUAAAACUGCAUCAGUGUGCUGAGCCUGUGAAUGGUUACAAGUUAUUGCAUCCUGCUCUAUCUGUAAUACAGCACUACUCAGGACUAAGCUAUGAAAAGAGCUUUGAAUCCGACAGUGAAGCAACCCCAUUACAACAUUCUACAGUGAACCUUCAGCAGAGUGUUCUGCCUGUGAAGGCCUCGAACAAGGUUCAUUUCACAUGUGCACCGCACCUUCACUCAGGACUAAACUCCAACCAGAAGUCUGAAUGUGACAGCGAACCACCCCACUUACAUCACCCCACAAAGAAUGUACAUCAUUGUUUGCAGCAGGUGAUAGACACUGCUACGCUUCUUCCCCCUGUUGUAUCACAGCAACACUCGGGACAUAACUGCAACAAUAGGUCUGAAUGUAACAAAAAUUUUAUUGUACAGCAAAGUGCAGUAAUUCGUCGGAGAUCUGAUGCAAGAGAGAAGCCAUAUAAAUGCACUGAAUGUAAUAAGCAGUUUAUGUGGCACAGUCAUCUGAAACGCCAUCAGGCCAUUCAUACAGUGAAUAAUCACAUGGAGGAAAAACCGUAUAAAUGUUCUGAAUGUAGUAAGUGUUUUUUACGUAAGUAUGAUCUCAGAAACCAUCAACAAGUUCACACGGGAGAGAAACCGUAUAAAUGUGCUGAAUGUAGUAAGUGUUUUACAAGGAAACAAAACCUUAGAAUCCAUGAACGAGUUCACACGGGGGAGAAACCAUAUAAGUGUUCUGAAUGUGGUAAGUGUUUUUCACAAAGAAAUAGCAUAAUACGCCAUCAGGCUGUUCAUACAGGGAAGAAACCGUAUAAAUGCAAUGAAUGCAAUAAGCAGUUUAUGUGGUACAGUCAUAUGAUGCGGCAUCAGACGGCUCAUACAAUGAAGACUCGCAUGUGGGAAAAAACAUAUAAAUGUACUGAAUGCAGUAAGUGUUUUACAAGUAAACACUACCUGAGAAUUCACCAAAGAGUUCACACCGGAGAGAAACUGAAUACAUGUGCUGAAUGUAAUAAGUGUUUUACAAAGAAACAAACUCUUAUAAUCCAUCAACGAGUCCAUACAGGGGAGAAGCCAUAUAAAUGUGCUGAAUGCAAUAAGCAGUUUAUGUGGCACAUUCAUCUGAUACAUCAUCAGGCCCUUCACACAUUAAAGACUCAUGCAGGGGAAAAACCUUAUAAAUGUCCAGAAUGUAGUAAAUGUUUUACACAUAAGGUAUCGCUCAGAAUCCAUCAACGUGUUCACACAGGGGAAAAACCAUAUAAAUGUGCUGAAUGUAAUAAGUGUUUUACGCAGAAACAAAACUUAAGAAUCCAUCAACGUGUUCACACAGGGGAGAAACCAUAUAAAUGCACCGAAUGUAAUAGGCAGUUUAUGUGGCACGGUCAUCUGAUGCGCCAUCAGAACAGUCACAUAGUGAGAACUCACACAUUGGAAAAAACGUAUAAAUGUCCCGAAUGUAGUAAAUGUUUUACACACAAACAGUACCUUAAAAUCCAUCAACGAACUCACUUGGGGGAAAAACCUUACAAAUGUCCUGAAUGCAGUAAGUGUUUUGCUCAUAAACAUUCACUUGGGACCCAUCAACGAGCUCACACAGGCGAGAAGCCAUAUAAAUGUGCAGACUGUAGUAAGUGUUUUACACAUAAACAGUCCCUGAGAAUUCACCAAAGAGUUCACACAGGUGAAAAACCAUAUAAAUGUGCUGAGUGUGCUAAGUGUUUUACACGCAAGCAACUCUUCAGAAACCAUCAACGAGUUCACACGGGAGAAAAACCUUACAAAUGUCCUGAAUGCAGUAAGUGUUUUAGUCGAAAGGAUGUUCUCUUAUGUCAUCAAAAGACUCACAAAAAGGAAAAAACACUUAAAUCUGUUCACUGUGGUAAGAGUUUUGGACUGAAGAGUGAGUUACUAGCACAUUAAGAGGUUCACAGGGGAAAUGGAGCUCCUCUAAACGAGUCAGUUUCACAGAAACACACAUUGAAAGACUCACAAGAGGCUCAUCCAAAGACGAAAGGCUAAUAAUGGUGACCCAAGAUAGUGGGCUACUUAUACACUGGUUUACAACGUCUGUAGAAAAAGUAGGAGAAUCAGACGUGCAUACUAAGAAUAUAUAUUCCUCUUUCUGAUGGGCCUCCUUGAAACUGACUAUGUGUAUAGGUCUGCCAUUGUGGAACUGCAUACAUAUUUGCUGACCUCAAUGGAUCACAGAUCAUGAGGAGAAGAAGUCAAAGAUCACAUCUUUUCUUAGUUUAUCAAAAGCAGUCAGAAAGGAGUGGGAAUGGAAAUCAAAGUAGAAGUGGAUGUGAAUUAGAGAGCAACUAAAAGUGUCAACAAACAAAAGAAAAAAUAUACUGACAAGGACCAGAAGAAAUGGAAAGGAAAGAAAACUGGAAAGCACACAAAUAUAGUGGUAAGUAUAGAAAGUCCUAGAACAACCACAUGUUGACAAAGAUUUGAUGCAGGAAUGGUUAAGAAGAGCUGAAUUUAAAGUAAAAGAUAAAAGGCUAAUGAUCGCAGCCCAAAACAGUGGGCUACGUGCACUUUGGUUUACGAAGUUUAUAGAAAAAGUGGGAGAAACAGACAAAUGCAGAUUCUGCUGGAUGUAAUACAUUCCUGGCUAGGGGUCUAUAUACUGAAAGACACAAUAAUCUGGUGGGACUGUUGAACUGGUGAUUUGCAAACAUUACAAUAUAAAAGUACCUGAAAAGAAGUGGAAAAAAAUGAGCCAUAAAGCAUUAUCUACAGUUACAUUAUGGCCAUCGGAGAUUCACCAGAUACCAACAGCUGAGAAAAAUAGGUGCAAGAAAACCAGAUAUAGCAGUCAAAGAAAAAUGGCAAAAGUGAUGUUAUUCAUUCAAAUUGCUACUCCCAGCAAUAAUAGUGUCUUGUAUAUAAGACAAAGAGUUAUAAAAUGUCCAGGUUUGCUGGCAAAAGUGAAAGUAAUGUGGAAGAAAGACACCCAGAUAUUUCCACUUGUAAUAGGAGCAACAAGAGUAAUAAGAAGAAUUUACAAUCGUACUUAAAUAUUAGAUAUUCUACCAGUACAUACAAUGCAUGUAACCAUGUAUGAACUGCAGAAGGAGGCAAUUCUGGGUGCAUUGUGAGUGCUGAGAAGAGCACUCCUGGCAAAUAUCAAAGACAGAAGUAAUAGUAAUCUCAUUAACUUUAAUUGUAUCCUGACUCUGGAAUAGGAUGCUUUCUCAUUAUGGUAUUAGGAACCCCAAAAUAUUUGGAGAGAUUAAGAAAGGAAGAGAGAAAUGGAUUAAAUAUGUACGCUGAAUGGGCUUCUAAGUGUUCCAUCCCUUUGAGAAAAGGCUGAAAUGCGUUCCCGUCUACCUAAGUAGUUGGUAGCUCAGUAGGAGCCCAUGACACUUACUUUUUUCACGUGUCCUGAACACAUUUUCCUUUGCUAUUAUGAAUCCCACCCAAAGUCUCCCAUGGAAAUGGGCCAUAGGCCUAGUGAGACUAGCAUGUUCAAUAAAAAACUGCAUGCAUACACACAUAACUAAAGUAUUGAAUGAACAAAUAAAUAAGAGGUAAAAUAAGUGGUAAGAAAUGCAGUCAUAGCAGAUGUGCAAUGGAAAUAAGUAACACCCAAAAUUAACACCAGGAAACAAUUGAGUCUACAUGCUGUACCAAUUUCUAGCUAAAGGUAUCAACAUCACUCUACCAUAAUAUACCUCUAAAUUAAAAUGAUUUAUGUAUGAAGACCCACAAAUUAUAUUAUCCUGGUUAACAAACAGUGGGAAGAAUGCACUGCUCCUUAAAAGUGAGCCUGCAAAGUGUGCUAAGAAGUAUUGACUAAUAACUUACUUUCCAGUAAUAUAUAGAUUGUGCAGUAUAAUUGAUACAGACAGUUAGUAACUUGUAUACAGAAAUUCAAUCAUGGCAGUAGAAUAAAUGGCAAUGAAAGAAAUUUAUCUGGAACCAAGGAUAAUCUAUUGGUCACUAAAGUCAUAAUCAGAUGGGGGCAGAGCUUCCAUUCAUAGAUAAAAGAAAGAGAAACCGAGCCACAAAAUCUCCAUCCUUUAUUCCAAAAGAUUUAGUCCUUUAAUCUGAAUGAAAGUGCUUAAUCUUCUGGAAUAAAGUAUGGACAUUUUACGGCUUGGUUUCUCUUUCUUUUUCUUUAUGGUUGUUUAUUAGUUGUUGUCCUGUACUCCUGAAACAAGUAUACUCAUCACUUUUUUCAAAGUCUAAUUUCUGAAGACCUGGUAAAGGUCUGUACAUAAAACAAAGGCAGCAAGAAUGAAUCUACAACUUGACAUGCUCUACUAAGCAUGCCAGUGAAAUUGUCAGCAUGGGAUAUUCAGAGCUGGAGUUGUUAGGUGUGUUUGCAAAACAUUAUGAAAAAUGAUAAAUUUCCAUGUUUACAUUAAUAAUGCAAAAUUAGAGUGUGAUACUGUCUUGUUGGGGUGAUAUAUUCAAGUAGUGGAUGUUAGUAAAAAAUGAAAUUAAAACAUGGUGUGUGAAGACAUUUUGAAUUAUAAAUGCUCUUUUGGUAAGGCAGUUAUGACUGUACUUAUAUUUUUAUAAUUGUACUAAUUUCAUAAACAGCUCUGUGACCUACAGAUAAACAAAUGCCGCAAUUUUAUAGCUGGCACUAAUUCACACAGUGUUGCUACUGGAAGUUGCCAUCUAAGACAAGACAAGUGGCUUUGUAGAUUAAUAUGGUUUUGAAGCUUUGUGAAAUUAUUGUAUGCAUGAUCCAGCAAUAGCACAAAACAGCAGUUUGCUACCCCCUUUGUCAUACAUCAUUGGAAAGCUCUUGGCCAGGUGAACAAUUCUGUUGCUGAAAUUUUGGAUCUCUCUUGCACAGUUUCAGAACUACAACCCUUUGUUUUACCAUAACACUAGCAUUUUUGGCAAACAAAAAAUAGUUUUUCUUUCAUACAUCUGCAGUAUACAAUACACCAAUGUUUAUCCCGUUUUCUACCAAGAUGCUGUCAUAUUUUACAUUUUUUGUAAUUUAGAUAAUUUAUCACACAUAAAUCAAAUGAAGUGCAUUUUUAAUAAGAAUUUUAGAGAAAAGCUCUCUGAAAGCAAAUAGUUUCCUGUCUUAGAGGAUCUCAGGAAGCAAAGGUUUUAAUUAGCCUCCUGCUGCUCAGAAUUAAAUGAGUUAAUUUACAGAUUUGAUGUGACAGAUUGGCUCCAAAAAAAAGGACGGAUCCUUUGAGUAAGAAAAUAAGAAAACUGCUUAUUAAGUGAUAAAUAAGAAAUUGUGUGUCAGUAUUCUUAGUUGGUUGUGGUGGUACUUUGCAUCUUGUCAUGUCAAAUUAUAUUUACAAACAUAAUGAAAGUUCUAAACCAUGAAGAAAAGAAGUAUACAUUUAUGGCACAGUUCAGAUUAACAAAACAUUUCAGAAAGGAAUGGGUGAGGAAAUCAACCCAGAAGUGAACAAAAACAGGUCGCAAGAAGUAAAGCCAAAAACGAAGAGAAAUAUAAAGAUCAUGAACAGAAAAAGAAGAAAAAAUUACAAAGCUCAUGAUUGCAGUGGCAAAUAAAGAGAACUCCUGGAAACAAACACAUGUUCUAAAACCAAAAAAAAUUAAAGCUGAUAGUGCCAGUUCAGGAUACAGACUGUGGAUAAGUGACUAAAAAUCUCUAGAAAAAGUGAUGCAUACAGACAAAUGUAUGUUCUGCAACACAGGCCCAGAAGCUGUUGCACGUCGGGAUUCUGUUUCUGAUAUACUACUGUCUGAGAGUCUAGAAUAUCAAAGGCACAACAAUGUGACAAGAGUUACACCAGAGCUUGUGCAAAUAUUACAAUAUGUAAGUAGCUGAAAAGCAUUAGAGACAUGAAUGACAAAGAAUUACUGAUACAUCUGAGAUCAACCAAUAUCAACAGUUAAGAAAACUAUCAAACCAGAUAUCACAGAUGAAGAAAAAGGGCAAAAAAAACGGGGACUGAAAUAGCUAUACCUAUUCUCUAUAAUGUCUUGAAUACUGACAUAUAAACAUGUAAACUCUCAGGAUAUGCAAGCAGAAACUAGAACAAUCUGGAAGAAAACUACCUUAGUAAUAGUAAUGGGAGAAACUUGGAUAAUAAAAAAAUCUCAGCAUACUUGAUUUUAUUUCCAAUACAGGUAACUCCAUAAGAGCUAGAGAAAGAGGCAAUUCUGAUACAUUGCACAAGCUGAGAAAACACUCUUAGUGAUGUAAUUUACAUAGAUGUAACUUCAGCAUUUGACAGGGUCAUACACACAACACUGGUCAAUAAAUUAGAACAACUAGGUAUCAAUGUACUCUUGAUAAGGCAGAUGGCUGUGUGGCUUAUGAAUAGGACAUGACAAGUAUCAUACAGCAAAUGGACAUGUGAAAUCCUUGGCUAAAGUCAGGGUGUCCCACAGGGCUCUGUCCUAGGCCCUUACUUGUUUAGAUUGUAUCUUUCAGACCUAACUUUUUCAUCUGAGGUGUUCUACAGUUUAUAUACAGAUGAUCUGAAACUGGGUAAGCUGAUUACAUGUGUUGCAGAUAAGGCAUGUCUGCAAAAUAACUUGACUAAAUUGACCAUUUGGGCACAGGGGAAUCUUAUGCUGAUAACUACAUCAAAAACUAAGCAUAUGAGAUUUGGGCGACAUAAAUUGAAAGGUGAAUAUUUAAUGCAGCACACAGUGA